AUGUGUUCAGAGUUUUUAUACCAUGCCAUGUGUAUAUUUUUAUUAAUUACUAUGACCCAAUGUAAACUAGACGACAAUGUUAUAUUAACCUACACCAAUAAGGAAUACAUUAAUAAGGUGUAUUCUGAUGGAAGUACUGUCGUUUUUGGUACAUUUACCAAAGAUAACCACCUACUGGAUUGUGAUAUUAGAGCAGUGAAUGGGACUGUAUCUGCUAACAUCUUUAAAGAGGCUUUAACCAAUAAAGAUACAGAGGCUGAUAUUCAACCAAUGGAUAUUAAGAGAAUGGCAAGACAGUGCAAGAGGUUUAUAAGAAAAAUGUCUGUUCUCACAUUUCUAUUUGUUCGAAGCGUUACUGUGCAAGAUGUAGAAAAACAUACAAUAACUUCAGCCAUGCAGAUAAAAUAUAAGUUAUUUAAUCACACACCGUGGUCUCUGUAUUCUUGUGAUUGCUGGAAGAAGUUCAACAACUGUAUUCACCAGUUACCACCAUCUCAGAUUAUAUCUGAUCUCGAGACAGCGUUUUUUAAUAAUAUAAAAUCACAAUGUUUUACAACUGACUCAAAACAGACUUGUGAUAAAUGGUCAGAAUGGUUCACUGCCUGUGAUCAUAGUACAACUGAAACUGUAGCUUCUUUUAAUUUUGUGACUGAUCUAUUAAAAUGA